AUGGAUUGUAGCCAAAAGGAAGAGUCUUCGUUAUCUGACGGUAUAAUCGAGGUUGAAAUCAAGAGGAUUUGUGCUGAUUGUAAGACCACAAAAACCCCUUUGUGGAGGAGUGGUCCUUCUGGCCCCAAGACACUGUGUAAUGCUUGUGGGAUUAGACAGAGAAAGAAAAGGAGUCCUUUUGUGGGAUUGGACAGGCCAAUAGGCAGAGAGAGGAAAAAGGAGAAUCCCACCACCAACUCGGCCGCCGCAGCGGCAGCCACCAUUUCCACCAAGAAUGGUGGUAAAAAGGGUAAAAUUGGAAAAUCAAAGGAUGUGAUGAAAGUAAAUGUGUUGUAUUUGCAGAGGCAGAGGUCACCAAUGAAGAGGCAGAGGAUUCCAAGGCAAUGGGGUGAGGUAGAGAGGGCUGCUCUGAUUUUAAUGGCUCUGUCUCGUGGUGCUGUUUUUGCUUGA